AUGUUGCAGGCAAUGCAUGAGUUGGACCAAAAAAACAUCUUGAGCUCCAUGGAGGCCAAUGCUGUGAGGCACAAGGAGCAGGGAAAUCUGGCGAUGGAGAAUGGUGAGUACCGCCAUGCUGUCAAGGAGUACAGCCAUGCCCUCAGUCAUGCCCAGGACAUGAUGGAUUACUUGGAGGUGGAGAAAUCUCAGCCGCUGAAUGGAUACCAGCUGAGAGCCCUGGCAAGAGGAGUGCCGCUUCCUGGCCGCGGGCCGGCAGCGUUGCAGCCCUUUCGAGCGGUGGUCCUGGCCAGUCGCGCGUUGGCGUUCCUGCGCCUUGAUGCGUACGACCGCGCGGCACAGGAUGCCGAGCUGGCCUGCCAGCUCGAGCCCAGAUACUUGAAGGCGUGGAUCCGCCGAGCAGCCGCCCUUGCUGCUGCCAACCUUCGUCAAGAAGCCGUGGAAGUUCUGGACGAGGCCCUCCAGAAGGCCUGCCCAACAGACCUCCUCCGAGAGCAGGUGUGCAAGCUGGUGGUGAACCUCCGGGGCCUGGUCAAUGUGGAGGUCAAAGCUCCCGAGAAGGACCUGCCAGUGAUUCUGAAAGAGGCCGACACGGCACAGAAAAGCUACAGAAAUGCGGCUUGGCAAGCCUACGGCUACAUGCACCUGCCAAUCCUGCAACUCCUGGCUGAUGUUCGGAUGUUGGCUACGCUGGAGCUUCGGCGCCUGCUGAGGCGGCUUGACAUUGACUUGACUCGAACUGGAAACUGCACUGUCAUGGCCGUUGCAGCCGAUUCAAGUCUCCUUCAGGAAGCUGCCGAGUUGCGGAGCAUAAGGAGUUGCUUCCGCUCGGCCAAGCCAGCCUUGCUGAAGUUCCUGCAUCGCCCACAGUUCAGCUGCCGGGAUCGGCAUCAAGGAUUGCUGGCAGAGGCGCUUUCCCGAGAAACGCGCGAGCGCUUGUACCCCAGGUCUCCAGCCGCUAGUCGACAUGCACCGAUGGCCGACGAGGCCUUUGUAUCUGCUCUCGUCAACUUGGCGAUUGACUUCAAGGGUGACGCGGCGAGGGCAUCGAGAGAAGGGCCGAGAUACCUCCGCAGAGUACAUGAAACUGACGCUGAGGUGGACGGAUUACCAGGCCGCUGGCGGGAGGGUGUCAAUGCAAUACAAGACCUGGACUUGCUGCAGUUCUGGUUGGCCUUGCCUGACAAGGGACGCCUUGGCCUCUUGAUGAAGCCGGAACGAGCGCAGAAGGCGAUCCAGGAGUAUGUUGCUGGGAAAGGUGCAGCUGAAAGAGUAUCUCGAGCUUUUGUGGACAAGUUCGGCUAUGAGACCCGAGAUGUGAAUGUUUUGUACAGAUUUUGGCAGUCCAUGCCCAACAGGGCCCGUGCAGGGCAACAGGUUCGUGGGUUUGCGGAUCACGAGGUCUUGAAGCUCCUCCAGGUGUUCGCACAAGAACGUGCCGAAGACAAAGCAGUGCCGUCAAAGUCACCCCGGGAUGGAAGGAGGGGCGCGUGGCGACCAGCUGGUGAACAUCCAGAGGCCACCCAAGUCCUGGCAUCACCCGCAAUAACUCCACGCGGCUCCAGCAAGAAGCGAGACAUCGACAUCCUCGCUCGGUCCCGGCCACGUUUGGAUGCCUUGGAAUUCGUCCGGGCAAUUGCCAAGCGCUUUCCAGACGAUCACACCUUGAAGCACAUGCUGAAACAGUGCUUGGAAGGUGCUCCAAGCUCUGCGAGGGCGGAGACGGAUGCCUACAACUUGCUGACGGACACCGCAGUCCUGAAACAGGCAAGCAGGGACAAGGCGCCAAAGCCAGCCGCCGGGCAGUUGGACGCCCGAUUAAAACUGCAGCUGCCUUCUCAAGAAAAAGAGGGGUCGUUCCAGAAGUGGCUCAACCAAGAUGCCGACAGAGCGGGGAGGUUUCUGAACCUGCUGCAAGAUGCCAGCAAGAUCUCCAGAAAGAUCCGUAGCUACAUGCGACACCGUGCCAAGCAGUGCUUGGAACGUGGCGCGCGGCUUGGUCCAACAGGGCCAGUUGUUCCAGCCAGGAACAGGACAGAGGCGGAUCUCCCUGCUUUGUACGUCAUUGAGGACGCCUUCGCCCACCUUUGCCGCAGGUUUGGGGCAAAUGAGGUCUAUGUCCGCUUUGGUCCAUACUAUUUGUGUCGAACCGUCAACGACUCCAAAGAAGCGAAGCCUCUCAUUGAGGAGGUUCCUGAUUCCACGCCCGGUGGUGGUGCAGUUGUUGAGUGUCCAACCCACAGCAUUUCCUGCGGACCCAGCACUUCUAUCCCCGACCAGAAAUCUGGGUGGUUUCCAAACAUCGAUAGCCCCGAGUUCAUCUUUGGGGGGUCCUGGUGGCAAAUGGACCUCGGGAGGCUUCACAGCUGCGCAGGUGUUCGCUUGGAGUGGUCUGUGCCCAGCAUCAAGAAGGUGACGUACUCCACACGCGCAGAAUUUCAGUCGGACCUUCUUCUAGCCAGCAGUGGCCAGCAGAUUGUGGUCACACAAGUGCGGGAUGGCGGCAAAGCCUUCCUCUCCCGAGUCAAGCCUGGAGAUGUGUUGCAGCUGAAUGCUGGCGGAAGUGCGGACUCUGCAUUUGUGGGGCUCUCACUUGCAGAGGCCUUGACGAAACUUGCGGACGACUUCCUGCAACCGCUAACAUUGGUUUUCAAGGGCGCGCAGCUGAGCGGCGAAAGCCAAAGGCUACAGAGGUUGCUGGAAAAGCCGCUGAAGGUCAAGGUCCUGGUCAGCAAGAACCAUGCUGCACCGACUGUCGAUUCUCCGGAGCAAUGGGAGCAAGUUGAAGAACAGGACGUAUCUGUGACCACGCAGCAUCCCUGCAUCGUGCCCAGCAUCUUUGUCGCAAGGUGGGUGCGACUGCGAUUUGAAAGCCCGUGGCCAAAGCUUGAUAACGAGGCUUUAGCUCUGUCCGUGAAAGUGAUGAAGGUUUGGAGGCUUGCGCCUCCCUUCUUUCGCCAGCAGUUUCUGGAGGUCCUACGGCAGGUGGAGAGGCAGGCUGCGAAAGGCCACGCUCUUGUCCGUCAACCUGCCCCUGACCGAAGAUUCUGGGCAUCUUCCGUGAAGUCGCAAAGCUUUAACAUGGUGAUCAAUACGGAUAUAGUCCGGCGAGUCAAGCACAGCCACGACAGCGAAGGUGAUGAAAUGCUGGCUCUACAGAUGAUGUGUAUGCGUGACAGGAAGGAAUUCAACAUUCUUCGUUCGGAUGAAAUGCUGGCGCUGCGGCAGCGCAUCUUUUCCAAGGAAGAGGACGUUCUCGAGUGCACCUUUCAUCCGCGAACAGCCGCCAAUGUUCCGGGGCACGUGCUCAAAUUCCGGGAGCGAAUCUCCGAAAGGAUGGAUGCCUCAAAGGUGACUGGCAUCAAAGAUUUCGUCAAGGAACUGGGAGAUGAGUUCAAGGCCCACAAGUAUCCCAACUACUGGAAGGUGCAUCGACGGGCAAUGUUGCAAAAGGCAAAGCGUGACUUUGUACGAGGCGCUCUGAAGAGCUCAAUGGAAAAGCUUCAGCGCCACUUUGGAGUGCAGCAGAUGCUUGACCGAUUCCGCUGCUACCACAAAAAUUGUGGGCGCAAGCUGGACCAUCAUGCAGAGAUAUGCAAGUGCGCGGGCUUCUACUGCCACAUCCACAAGCCUCCACAGGUCCACAACUGCAAGGACAUGAAGAAGAUUCUGGAAACAAAGGCAAAAGAGGCCAAAGACCUGGAGAUCAAGCUGCGGGAAGAGGGAGAGGCGCCUCCACCGGAGGAGAAGUUCGACAACAAGGUUGAGAUUGGAUUGCUGCUGGAGGCCCAUGAGCUGGCCGAGAGCAUCCAAGCAGCCAUGAAGGAGAAGGACCGGCAGAAGCACAACUUGGAGCGCCUUGGACAGUCCCUUGCAUCCUUCGGCGCCGUUCGUUUGAUGGAAAGGCCCUUCAAGCGGCGCAUGUGCCCGGAAGCCAUCGAGAAGCGCCGGGCACGUUCUGCCGAGGCGCUUGAAGUCCUCCCGCGCUGGAUGGGAGGAUCGAAGUUCAAUGCCGAGGGUACACCGCGCACACCACGAUUGGGUUGCAGAUCUGCAUCAAGGGAAAGAUGCAAAUGUCCCAACGCGCACAGUCCAUCUGAGCUUCGCUUCCCAGCAGGCGAGUCCGUUCAGCGACGGAUGGACUGGGUCAAGAAGGCGGUGAGGCGAGCCGACAUGAAGUCCGAAGCGGUUCCAAACUCGGCGGCGGAGAGGGAGCUCGAGCUGAAGAGGAAGAAGGAGGAAGAAAAAGUACCUCCUCCUCCGGCUCAGACAGGCAGACACGUUGUUUGA